AGCCCCUUCCGCACGUUGGGUCUUUGGCACCUGAACGUCUGCUCGCCAUGGCCCGCGGUUUGUCGAUCGCUCUGCUUUGCGUCGCGGCCUCCCUGCUGAGUUGCGCCUUUGUGCCGCCUGGGACUGUUGAGGGCUCGGCCCUGCGCGGCGCGCCGGCCAGGGGCGUGCUGGCCAUCUCUGGCGGCCUUGCAGCCGCGGUGCCCACCCAGGCGCAGGCCUUCUCAGAGAAUGAGCUGAACCAGUUCGGCCUGGUUUUCGCCCUGUUCUUCCUGGGUUUCUUCAUCGCAGGACUCGUGCGCAUGUUCACCGUGGGCAAGCUCUGAGGACAUUCUUGGGCCGAGCGAGGCUAGCGGGGGAGGUCUUUUUCUUGGCGCGCAAUUUCAGCCGCCGGCGGGAGCGUCCCGUCUUCCCGGCGCGAGCCGGAAGCGAGUGAUUGGCAGGGAGGUGGCCGGAGC